GUGUUAUUGAAGAACUCUCUCUCUGUCUCUCUCUCUCUCUCUAGUUCUGUGUCUUAGCUUCGCAAAGGUCUCACAUUUCCUCUGUUUUUCAUGUUCGGUUUCGGAGCUCGUCGUUGUGGCUUUGUUCUUGCUAUAUAGCUGAGGAAAAACCCAGAGAGAAGAGAAGAGGGCGAAACGACGCCGUCAUGGGGUGCUUUCCUUGCGCCGGAAAAUCGAGUAAAAGAUCAGAGAAGGAGAGUAAAAGCGUCAACCACAAUAAAAAGUCAGACGAUCAAACGGCGCAAGGUGCUCCGAAAAUCAACCCGGAUGUGAAGAAGGAGGUGAUCUCCAAGGAUGACCAGUUAUCAUUGGACGUGAAGAACUUAAACUUGAAGGAUGAAGAGGCCAAUCGCCGGCGGGCACAGUCCAUUUCCUUAACAGAGCUCCAGACGGCGACCGAUAAUUUCAGGCCGGAUUGCUUUCUGGGAGAGGGAGGAUUUGGCAAAGUUUAUAAGGGUCGCUUAGAGAGAAGUAAUCAGGAAGUGGCUAUCAAGCGACUUGACCGAAAUGGACAGCAAGGGGUUAGGGAAUUUGUUGUUGAAGUACUGACGCUUAGUCUUGCUGAACACCCUAAUCUCGUUAAAUUAAUUGGCUUUUGUGCUGAGAAGGAUCAGAGGAUGUUGGUUUAUGAAUACAUGCCGUUAGGAUCUUUGGAAAACCAUUUGUUCGAUCUUCCGCCUGGUAGGAGAGCACUUGAUUGGAAUACAAGAAUGAGGAUAGCAACAGGGGCAGCGAGAGGGUUGGAGUAUUUGCAUGAUAAAAUGACCCCUCCUGUCAUAUACCGCGACCUGAAGUGCGCAAACAUUUUGCUCGGCGAGGGGUAUCACCCGAAGCUAUCUGACUUUGGCUUGGCGAAAGUAGGACCAAGUGGGGAUCAGACUCAUGUUUCCACAAGGGUUAUGGGAACAUAUGGAUACUGUGCGCCAGAUUAUGCAAUGACAGGUCAACUUACAUUCAAAUCCGAUGUAUAUAGCUUCGGGGUCGUUCUUUUGGAGCUCAUCUCAGGCAGGAAAGCCAUCGAUGAGACAAGAGGCCCCAAGGAGCAAAACUUGGUUGCGUGGGCGCGGCCUUUGUUCAAAGACCGGAGGAAAUUUCCGCAGAUGGCCGAUCCAUUGAUGCGAGGUCAAUAUCCUGUAAGGGGGUUGUAUCAAUGUCUUGCUAUUGCGGCAAUGUGUGUUCAGGAGCAGCCUAACAUGCGACCCGCUAUAUCUGACGUGGUUACAGCUUUGAAUUACCUUGCUUCCCAGAAAUAUGACCCCCAAACCCAUCCAGGCCAAAGCUCCAGAAGGGAAGGGGAUGAUGAUGGGAGGCAAACUGGUAGCAAUGGGACAGAGAGACAAUGAAGAUAAAGGACAUUAUUAUAUAGAAUAAUAAAACAGUCAAUACCCUUUUGCGGUCAUAUAUGAAGUGAGUGCCUAGUUAUCAAUUUUUGAAUUAUACGGAAGAUAAUAGGUGCUAUUGCUUUUUUUUUUUUUUUUUUUUUUU